AUGGAUGGACCUGGAAAUCUGACAGUAUCUUCUGCCAGUGGUAUUACUUGCAAUGACACCAUUGAUGACUUCCGCAAUCAAGUGUAUUCCACCAUGUACUCUAUGAUCUCCGUUGUGGGCUUCUUUGGCAACAGCUUUGUGCUCUAUGUCCUCAUAAAAACGUAUCAUGAGAAGUCAGCCUUCCAAAUAUACAUGAUUAAUUUAGCGAUAUCAGAUCUACUGUGUGUGUGUACACUGCCUCUCCGAGUGGUCUAUUAUGUUCACAAAGGCAUUUGGUUCUUUGGUGACUUUUUGUGCCGCCUCAGCACCUAUGCUUUGUAUGUCAACCUCUAUUGUAGCAUCUUCUUUAUGACAGCCAUGAGCUUUUUCCGGUGCAUGGCAAUUGUUUUCCCAGUCCAAAACAUUAAUUUGGUUACACCGAAAAAAGCCAGAGUUGUAUGUGUUAGCAUUUGGAUUUUUGUGAUUUUGAUCAGUUCUCCUUUUUUAAUGGCCACACCUUCUAAAGAUGAGAAAAACAAUACCAAGUGCUUUGAGCCUCCACAGAAUAGUCAAGCUAAAAAUCAUAUUUUGGUCUUGAAUUAUGUGUCAUUGUUUCUUGGAUUUAUAAUUCCUUUUAUUAUUAUAAUCGUCUGUUACACAAUGAUCAUUUUGACCUUACUAAAAAAUUCAAUGAAGAAAAACCUAUCAAGUCGUAGAAAGGCUAUAGGAAUGAUUAUAAUCGUAACAGCUGCCUUUUUGAUCAGCUUCAUGCCAUAUCAUAUUCAACGUGCUAUCCACCUUCACUUUUUACACAAUGAAGCUAAACCUUGUGAUUCUGUCCUUAGGAUGCAAAAGUCAGUGGUUAUAACCUUGUCUCUGGCUGCAUCAAAUUGUUGUUUUGACCCUCUCCUAUAUUUCUUUUCAGGGGGGAACUUUAGGAGAAGGCUAUCUACAUUUAGAAAGCAUUCUUUGUCCAGUAUGACUUAUGUACCCAAGAAGAAGGCCUCAUUGCCAGAAAAAGGAGAUGAAAUGUGUUAA